GGGAGCAGGUGGACGGCCAGGCAGCCCCUUCCCACAGCCCUGCUCCAGCCCCAUAAGCACAUGGCUUGGAUACACUGGCUGCUGUCUUCUGAGGAGCUGAUGUCUUUGUCCGGACACCCCCCUGAUGGCUCUGAUCUCCUCUCCUGACCCUUCCACAUCCAUUCCAGGACUCUCAUCUUCACAACCAGGAGCAAUAAUGCUUGCUGUCCCCUUGACAGCCUGUGCCAGCCACCCACCAGUCACUUUGGAGUAUUUUCCCAUCACGUGUCCGCAUCUUGCUGGAUGAUCGGCGCCCUGGUCUAUGGAAAUUCCCCUUAUUUCAUCUGUUGCUUUAUCUUGCUGGUCUUCAUCUUGGAUAAAGUCCUUGGCCACAUCCUACUCAUACCUUACUCUCAGUUCGUCUCACCCUUCUAAAGGUUUAAAGAAGAGCAGAGAGAUUCACAUGGAGGUACAGGCUGGCUGAAGCUGUCCUUGCUUGAGCUAUCCAGAAGCCAUGGGCCGUCGGCUCAUACGGGGUCUCUCCGGAGCUGCAGUCUUUCUGGUCAGUGUGGCUCUCCUUUCUGUACGGCACCGUGGAGCUCAGGAAACCUUGGGAUACCCAGGGCUCAGGGAGCAGAUACUGGAGAAUCCAGAGCAACGAACACAUGAGAGCCCAGAGGAUGCCAAGGGAGGUGGUGGCACUGGGCAGAAGAACCUGCAGGUCCGUUCUCUGGACAAAUAUAAGACUGAAGGGAACCUGACCCUUGGGGAUGUUUUCAUAGCUGUGAAGACCACCAGGAGAUUUCACCAGAGCAGGAUGGAGCUGCUUCUGGACACGUGGAUAUCCCGGGCAAGAGAGCAGACGUAUGUCUUCACAGAUGAAGAAGAUGAUGCCUUGAAGAGAAGAAUGGGUGACCGUGUGGUGUUCACCAGCUGCUCUACUGAGCACAGUCACUCAGCCCUCUCCUGCAAGAUGGCUGCAGAGUUUGAUGCAUUCCUGUCCAGUGACAAGAGCUGGUUCUGCCAUUUGGAUGAUGACAACUAUCUGAACCCUGAGGCCCUCCUGAAGCUCCUGUCCUCAUACUCUCCAAUGAAGGAUGUCUACCUAGGGAAACCCAGCUUGAACCGACCCAUUCGAGCCUCUGAAACACUGUCUAACAACCAGACGAAAUCUGUGCGCUUCUGGUUUGCCACAGGAGGAGCUGGAUUUUGCAUCAGUCUCAGGCUGGCAAGGAAGAUGAUGCCUUGGGCCAGUGGCAAGAACUUCGUGAGCACCUCAGAGCUCAUCCGUCUGCCAGACGACUGCACCAUAGGUUACAUCAUUGAGUGCAAAGUUGGUGGGCAGCUGCUGCCCAACAUGCUCUUCCACUCCCACCUGGAGAAUCUGCAACUCAUCCCCAGCUCUCAUCUCAUGCAGCAGGUCACACUCAGCUAUGGUGUCUUCGAGAACAAGCUCAACGUUAUCAAACUCAGCGGUCCCUUCUCACCCCAGGAAGAUCCCUCAAGGUUUCGAUCUCUCCACUGCCAUCUCUAUCCUGCUACCCCCUGGUGCCUUCAGGCUGUUGGUUGGUGAUGCCCAAGCUACAGUGAGUCCUGGUGUUAUCCCUUCAGCUUGUGCAUGUAGGGGAUGGGGCACUGAAGAAGCUUUGUGCUCCCAGCUUCCCCUUACUUAUGGUGGUUGGGGCUUUUUGGUCCUUGCUGAGUACCAGUGAUACAGGAGAAGAGAGAUCUGUACCAAAGAUGGAUAACGUGGGCUGGACACGUGGAUGGGCUUCCCAUCUGUGCUGGGAUGCUUAUGAAAGAUGAGAGAAGCAUGCUUUCCUGAGCAGAUUAAGGACUGGGUGGUGACUGCUGGGCAUGUGGGUAGAGAUGGGACCCACUGCUCCUUGUUGUGGUUUCACUGUAUUGAAUCAGAAGGAUGCUGGAUCAGGGUACCCAGUGCCUGACUGAGGAUCACUGGAAGUGUGCCUUGGCUUCAGUCUCUGAGGCUUCUUUCUCUGUAUGUGCCUGGGCUUCCCCCAUUUCCCACUGUUCCCAGCUGCAGCCCUUUGGCUGAGUCUCUGCCUCGUUAAACUCUGAUUCCACUCUCCCUUCAGAAAUGGAAAAUGUGAUCAUUUCUGUGCUGAAUGAGUGCUGAAAAAACAAAGCUCUUGGCCAUCAGAGGGGAGGUAGGCAAGAAAUGUAAGAAAUCAAGAAUCUCUCCUUGGCUGGGACAAAUGGGGAAUGUACAAAGUACGAAAUGGGGAUCAUGGAAGGAGAGAUGGAGAUGAGGAUGUUUUCUGCUCUAAACACUGAAGACUUGAUCUUGUAUGGCCCUGCAUUAUUCCUCUCUUUUUACCUGCUAGAUAUGGGGUCAGGAUAAUCUUUUGCUCUAAUUAUCAACCUGUCGUCUGAGAUUAGACUCCAACUCCUACCUGUGAGAGAGGAGACAUAAAGGAUUAAAACUGGCUGAAAGAGAGGAGAAAGGAAGAGAUGGAGAAGGAGCACACGGGAGCGGAUUAGAGGUUACACCUUUAAAAUCUUCUCUGUGCCCUGACCAAAAAAAAUUAAGUCAUGAAGGAAUGGAAACUGCAGGGCAAAGAGCUUUUUAUCUCUGCAUUUCUUUCUUCCAGAUGCUAAGAGCAGCUUUCUGCCUUCCUGCUGUCCCUGCUAAAGACAACAGGGAGAAGGAGCCAGCCCAAAUAGGUUACAGGCUUUCUGGCAUGUUUAUGGAUAACCCCUUUCUCAGCACAGAUCCUGCCAUGAAAGCGAGACAAUUCCACUCAGUGGGGAAUGAACUUUGACACCAUUUUGUGCCUGUACACAUGAAUAAAUGGCUGGGGGAGAGCAAUGCGGGGAAGGCUGGAAGGCAAAGGGGCUGUUUUACAUGGCAGGCAGCACCACAAUCAGGUAUUUCUCUUUAAAGAGUGCUUCAAAACAGACUGCUGGAAUCAGAGAGAGAUUCCUGUAAUCUCUGGUUAAAAGAACACGUGCCCUUUCUCCAAAGAGCUGCUCAGCUUUGAUGCUGCUGAUUGGACUAAGCCUGCUGCUGGUGGGCUGGCAGAGCCAAGGGCGGACUAUCGCCAUGCCUCUACCAUGCUGGAAACUGGUCACCCUAUUUUCCCAUCCCACCUCACCCCUCAGACACCAGCAUCUCCCCUACAGCUUGCAUGAGGCCUAAAGAAAAGGCAUCAGAAGGACCUUCUGUCUCAUCAAAGAGGGACCUAGAAAUGAAUGAUCACUGUAAUUACUGAUGAAGAAGAAAGAGGGGGCCUGCGGAGCUGCUUUCCAGCCUGGUCGUUCUUAUGAGCUUUAGGCAGUUUGUGAAGCAGCCAAGAACCCCUCUUUCUGCUCUUGCACAAUAUGUCUUUGAACUGGAAAUUCAUGCUGAGCAGUGGCAGGAGCUACGUAAUGGCAGUGACCAUUCUGGGAGAAGUGCAAAGCGCUCCAUCUCACUCAGCCGUGUGAGACAUGGAGCUCAAAAUAGAGACAACCCAGGUAUCAAACAAUCAGUGCAGCAUAAAAUAGUCCUACCCAAAGGGCAAAUGGUUUUGUUUGAACUCAACUAGAAGAAGAAAAAUGCUUUCACGAGAAGAAAUAAAGGAAGCUGAUAUACAGAAGGUAGACCAAAUUUUUACAUGAUCUGAUAGUGAUAGGACAAGGGGGAAUGAUUUUAAGAUAAAAGAGGGGAGAUUUAGGUUAGAUGUUAGGUGGGAAUUCAUUACUCAGAGGGCGGUAAAGCGCUGGCACAGCUGCUCAGAGAAGCUGUGAUGCCCCAUCCCUGGAGGUGCUCAAGGGCAGG